AUGACGCUGGUGGACUCGCUGGACACGCUGUGGCUGCUGGGCCUGCGCGCGGAGUUCGACGAGGCGGCGGAGUGGGCCAUCCACAACCUCACGCUCCGCGCAGACUCCCACGUGUCCGUCUUCGAGUACAACAUCCGGCUGCUCGGCGGGCUGCUCAGCGCCUACGAGCUCAGCGGGAAGCAGGGGCUGCUCGGCAAGGCCCGGGAGGUCGGAGACUUGCUCCGCGUCGCCUUCCCCGCCACCGCCGCUCUGCCGUCCUCGCAAGUGAACCCGUCGCAACGCCUCUCCAGCGACGGAAACAAAGCCAUGCUCGCGGAAUUCGGGUCGCUCUCGCUGGAGUUCCGCGCGCUGAGUCGGCACACGGGCGAUCCUUCCUACGCGCAGCUCGUCGAUCGCAUCUACGAUUUCCUCGCCGCCUUCAACGCCACCGACGGGCUCUACCCCCUCAUCAUAUCCUGCCCCGCGGAAAUGGACACCUUCACCCCACUUCGACCGCGUCACCAACGCGUCCCGCGGGAAUUCGUUCGGAUUGGGCGCGCUGGGCGACAGUUUCUACGAGUAUUUGUUGAAGGCCUGGCUGCAGGGCGGCAAGCGCGAAACCCGAUGUACGACGCGAGCGUGGACGGGAUGCUGAAGCAUUUGUUCGGAGUCAGCAAGCGCGAUCAUUACAUGUUCGUCGGGGAGAAACGUGGAAACCGGAAGGUCAAGCAGAUGCAGCACUUGACCUGCUUCGUGGGCGGGAUGUUGGCGCUGGGCGCGCACCACGAGCGAAACCCCCUGCGGGCAUCACGUGAUUUGGAGCGCGCGCGCGGAUUGGCCUACACGUGCUACGAGAUGUACCACGCGACGCCGACGGGGCUGUCGCCGGAGUACGUAACGUUCGCGGAUGAUGCGGGCAUGGAGGUGGGUGUGAACGGGAAGCGGUAUCUGCUGCGGCCCGAGGUGGUAGAGACGCUGUAUGUGCUGUACACGGUGACGAAGGACCCGAUCUAUGUGGAGUGGGGGUACGAUAUCUUCCGAGCGAUCGAAAAGCAAUGCAAGACGCAGUUCGGGUAUGGAGAGUAUCCGGACGUCACGAAAACCAAGCUGCUGCCCCAGGACAAGAUGGAGAGUUACUUCCCCGCGGAGACGCUGAAGUAUUUGUAUCUGCUGUUCAAUCCGAACCCCGUGGUGGACUUUGAGAAGGUCGUAUUUAACACGGAAUGUCAUCCACUGAAGAUAUUUUAA